CAAUCACAUGGAUUUCCAUAGGGUGUGCUGUUGAUUACAGUUCUCAUUGUAACAACCCAUAGAAAGUUGGAAUAACUAUGCCACCCUCUGAAAAUGGAUCGUGUGCAAAAUGUUUCCUGGAGAACUUUGGAAAGGUGACGUGGUCUGUGAAUCAGUUCUAUCUUUUCCUGUAUUGAAAAAUGCACAGGGUUGAAAGCUGAGAUGCUGAAAAUCAAUGUAACUAUUUACAAACAAAAUUAAGAGAAUGCAAGGGUGUGCAGAAGAGGUUCUCAUGUGUCUUUGGCUUGAGAAUGAUCCCAUGUCAAGGCUUAUUGAUUCUUCUGUUUCUUGAAGCUGCCUUUGCCAGCCACUGUCCACACAACUGUACAUGCUCUCCACCAGGAAACAAUCCACUAAAACUGAACUGUAGCUUCAUGGGAAUGAUGGUGCUUCCACUUUUGCCGAGUCAAACACAAGAGUUGUACCUCCAGGGCAAUAAGCUAGCCACGAUACCCGCAGGAGCAUUUGACCAUCUUCAGGUAUUGAAGAUCAUCAAUCUAUCCAGGAAUCCAUGGCAUUGUGACUGUGGGAUUUUGUAUCUGAAACACUGGUUGGAAGACCAAGAGGGAACCUUAGCUUCUAAUGAUGUUAGGUGUUUCUCUCCUCCUGCACUUCACAAAAAAAUGAUAUCUGAGCUCAAGAGGAACGAACUGCAGUUUUGCUUCACUUCUCGUACACUUUGUUCGGAUUUCUUGUACAAUGAUGCAUUCAUCUUCUUUUUUAUUCUUAUUCUUUUUAUUAUCAGCUGUUUCUUGAUAACAAAAAGGACUACGUUUAAAGUGGAUGUUUAUGACAACACUGCCCCAGACCCAGGAAGACUGCCUGCUAUUUCUGAUCAACUGGAAAGAAGAACAGGAAAAAGAGUACCAAGCCAUUCAUCACUGCUUGUGACUACUGUGCAUUAGGUUUCAGAACAAAGAGAAAGGUCAAACAAAUUAUUUCUGUUUAUCAUUAAAAGUGAAACGGUCAACUGAAAAGCAUGACUAUUUAGAUUAUUCAUUUUAAAGAACAGAAACUCAUUAAGGAUAUCUACACAGACCAAAGACCAUAAUUUGCAGCUUCUAAGGUAAAAUUGAAACCAAAGAAUUAGUAUCUCAUUUUAAACAUACUUUUGAGUUUCAUAACAUGUUGGAAAUCAUCUGAUGAAAGCAUGUCCCAUAUUUUUGUGCUAUAAUUCAAGUCAAAGAUCAGGUGGCCAAUUAUGGCAUUUGAUUAAUAAAUCAGUAUACUGAAUUAUUUAGCAUCUAUUGACCUGGAUUCUGUCCUGGUUGUGGUCAUUUUCAUUUAAUCCAUAAACAGUUUUUGGCAAGCAGAAUUCAAAUGCUCCAGAUACUGAUUAGUAUAUGCCACAAUUAGAAAUUCUUUAAAGACUUUCUGUUUACACUAAUGCAGUGAGUAGUAUAUGUGAAGCUUCACUUGUAUGUGUAUCUAUCUAUGUUUCCUGCUGUUUUUGUUGUUGUUAAUAUAUCUAUCAACACCAAAAGCAGUUAGCAGCAGAUAUGAUUUCCUUCCAGGAUUCCAUGGGAAAACUUAUUAUCAAGUUCAAAGAAAUAUGUAUUGGUUGUAAAUGGUCUUUUUCUGAAUUCAAUUCAAGAUAAUUGUACUGACCUCAAAACCUCUAGCCUCUAGUUUGAGAAAAUACUCUCCAAAUUUAACACUUUGUACCAACCAAACAUGGGUGAGUUUCUGCCAGUUCUAACCUCUUCUAUAGAAGAGGUUCCACAAAUCUACCAUGCCAUUUAGA